GCGCCACUUUUUUGUUGCCUUUCCGGUCAUUAUUAUCGGCCCGGUAGAGGAGAGUUUUUUUGCAUUGGGGUUUACAGAUGGACUUCCCUUCAAUGUAUCCUUCACGAUCUUCCCUUCAGACACGAUUAAAUCAUGACUGAAGCUCACAUCCAAUCAUUCAAGCAAGGUGGAACUUCCACGCAAGAACCAAAGUUGCAUCUUUUGCCGCUUCUUACACCAUCUCGUGAUGUACUGCAUUCAUCCUCGCCACCUUUGCAUCUGCUGCCAAAAUGGAAGCUUCCUCAAGAGCGUAUCGCAUUUCAAACAAGCUCAAAGUAUGGAACAACGAAUUGGGUAGAAUCUUCGCAUGUCUUUCCAUCGGCUUAUCCCAGAUUUGAAGCAGGACAAACACCAAAGAUUUCUAGUGAAGAGGUCGCUACACAUUUAGCCAAAGAUCUCGCUUCCCGAAAACAACCUCAACUUUGGACAUUGGCACAUAGGAUCGUACCGGUAAGGCCAUGCACAGAAGGUGGUAUGUCUAUCUUGCCGGAAGGAAGAGGAGUAACACUUGUCGUGACACAAAUUGCCAAGCUUGACAAGAAAGAAUGGGAACACGUUAUUCACAAAGCAGUACUAGAGCUUGAAAGCAAAGGGAAAAAGCAUAUAGAAGAGAUAUGGCUAUUGGUUGGCGGUUUGUUGGAAGAAGCAAGAUCAUACGAAGAUAGUAUUCGGGAUGUUGAGCAAUUCACGCAUUUCUACGUUCCGGCACCGACUUCAAAAGAUGAAAUGAGACGAUACGGGCCGCAAUGGCCUGCAUGUACUCUAGGAAAGCAGAGGGAGAAUAUUGGUAAAAAAGGAAGAAUGUUGAUUGGAUUAGGUCACGUUUGUCCGGCAAAGUUGGACUUGUUUGACGGUAUGAUAGCCGCCUAUACCGGAAGGGAAAAAGGAGGAAAGACGAUUGCCGAUGAACUUGUUGCAUUGGGUCAGGGGCCAGAGCAAAAGAUGAUCAUUCCUGAUACGCGGUUAUAAUCCAGCUGUCAUUUCUUGUCAUUUUAUUCAUUCCGAUUGCGUACAAUUUAUAGCCGUGCGAGCGGAGGUAUUGAUUCCGAUCUUUGUGUGAUUGUUUAAAUUCUCGGAGGAUGCGCUGAAUGUUUCUUUUCUCUUCUAACUAUCACC